UCUGAUUUAAAAAAAAAAAAAGACUCUUUGCAGUGGAGGCAAUAAAAACUAGAAAUCGAGGCGCAGCGUCAGUGUCCGAUCAGCGGUCAGGGUUAGAGGAGAGGAGCAGAAGAAACACGGAGCGCCUGUUCGUCCCCCCGCUUCAGCAGCGCCGGGAGGAGACACGCAGAGGAGGAAAGAUUCCCCUAAACGCAGUGAGGGCGCCGGAUGAGGAGAAGAGGAGAGCAGAGGGCAUUGGAUAGGCAACAACAAGGAUGGCUGCUCCAGACUUAUUGGACCCUAAAUCCGCCACUCACAACACCAAGCCCCGCCUCUCCUUCUCCACAAAGCCAAUCACACUGACUCCCCGGGAGGAGAGUGAGGUGGUUGCCACAGUGAUGAAAUGGAAGACGGUGUCAGCCAUCUUUUUCCUGGUGGUUCUGUACCUGGUGAUGGGGGCAGCAGUCUUCAGAUCCCUGGAGCAGCCUCACGAGAGUGCCCAGCGUUUGGCCAUCCUGACCCAGAAGCUGGAGUUCCUGUCCAGACACUCCUGUGUAAACCAGAGCCAGCUGGAGGAGCUGGUUAAGCAAGUCGCGUCAGCGAUCCGUUCAGGAGUGAACCCUGCAGGGACACUAACCAACCACAGCAGCCUGUGGGACCUAAGCUCCGCCUUUUUCUUCGCUGGAACUGUGAUCACAACAAUUGGUUUUGGGAACACGUCCCCCCACACAGAAGGUGGAAGGAUCUUCUGCAUCGUCUACGCACUGCUUGGGAUACCUCUGUUCGGCUUCCUCUUAGCUGGUGUAGGGGAUCAACUGGGCACCAUAUUCGGCAAGGGCAUCGCCCGAGUGGAGAGAAUGUUUGUGCACUGGGACAUCAGUCAGACUAAGAUCCGUGUCAUCUCCACACUGCUGUUUGUGUUGUUUGGCUGCCUGCUGUUUGUGGCGCUCCCGGCGGCCAUCUUUAAACACAUCGAGGGUUGGUCUGCGCUGGAGUCCCUUUAUUUUGUGGUCAUCACCCUGACCACCAUAGGAUUUGGAGACUUCGUGGCAGGUGGUUCAGGAAUAGAGUACUUAGAUUACUAUAAACCAGUUGUAUGGUUCUGGAUUCUCGUGGGACUAGCUUACUUUGCUGCCAUCCUCAGCAUGAUAGGAGACUGGCUCAGAGUCAUCUCAAAGAGGACAAAAGAAGAGGUAGGAGAGAUCCGAGCUCACGCCGCAGAGUGGACGGCCAACGUCUCAGCAGAGUUCAAAGAGACUCGUCGACGUGUCAGCGUUGAGAUCUACGAUAAGUUCCAGCGUGCCGCCUCCAUUAAACGCAAACUGUCCACAGAUCUGGGAUUCAGCCCUAACCCUGAACUCACUCUGCCCAGGAGAACCAAUUUCAACGAUGAACGGGACAAGAUUGAGAGGGAGGCCGGGAUGCAGGGCCUGUCAACACCUCUGGCUAGGAACGGCGGCUCGUUCAUGAACGGUUUGGACCCAGAGAGAGGGGAUAUCUCAGUCAUCGAACACCUCAAGUAGAAAGGGAGGAUGGUCAACACCCUUUUAAGAUCUUUCUGAGGCAGGCCCCUCAUUCCCCUUCUAUAGUGAUGUACUCAAGAAUGUUUUCAAGGAUUUUCGACAACGGGACUCUUUUCUCUCACUUCACGCCGCUCUGAAACAGAGAAGAAGAAGAACAUACAGAACACAAGUUGAUCUGCAGAAACUUGCCUCAGCUGGGUGUCAACUAAAUCUCUCUCAGAUCUUGGAAUAAAGCAAAGUUUUUCAUAGAUGACAAUUUGCCCUCUGCAAUGGAUAAAAGAAGUUUCCAACAUACUGUCUCCAUAAGAUUAUAGUAUUUGGUGACAGUCUGAAAGUCAGAUGAAUGCCCAUGAUGCCUGUCUGCAUUACACAGAUAUUUUACACUUUUUAACAAUUUAGGAUACAUUUUUGAUACGCAGCUUUAUAUCUUAUGAACUAGUUUGCUUUGCUUUCUUGGCAUUUUUCUUUCUUUAUUGCACAGAGAGAAAAAGUGGUAGGAAAUGCAACAAUGGUCCCCGGUUGAUAGCAAAAACCAUUGACUGCCAAGUUACAAUUUGUGUGCCAUGUUUCCAAAUGACAUGAUAAGCAAUGUAUUGUAUGUUUCUGGAGGGAUGUGAUGAUGUCAGAGGAGGAUGUCUUGACUACAAAGAUGAUUGGAGAGUCAGACGUUGUGUCAAAUGACCGCAGAAUGUAAAGAUGGUGAGAAGGUGUCAGAUGAAGGUGUUUGAACUACAGAAGAGACAAGCAGCGUGUCUAUCUUGAACUACAAAAUGGAGGACGGUGACACUGAUCGUACAGCACAGUGACUGUCUAGACUGAGCUCAUUUACAUGGAGAUAAAAUACUUAAAGGCACGUUUUUUAAGGGCAAGUUUUUUUUGUUUUUUUUUUUGU